GUAGCAUCAAGGUUUGCCAUUGUAAUUGGCAAUCACUUUAGCACUAUAGAUUAAAGGAAGCUUCGUUUAGGCAAUAUUCUCUUUUGGAAGAGAAAAAAGAUCAAUCUUCCAGCUUAGAAAAGAAACAAAAGUAUUUUCUUACAGCUUAUUAACAUGGGUUUUAUGCUUCUCAAGAACUUCUGUCUUGUCUUCCUUCUUCUUUCUGCAUCAUUUCUGUCAACUUCUUUUGCAGGUAGACGUUCCAAGUUUGUGGACAAGUCGGCCUACCAAAUAGAUACCACUUAUGAGGAAUCAUCAAACAAGGAUGAAGCAAGUAUGUUUCAUGAAAGGGUUCUAAGAGCUAAUACCAAAGACUAUGGAAACUAUGAUCCAGCACCAUCUCUUGUUAGGCCUCCUUUCAAGCUCAUACCAAAUUAAAGCUGGUUUUAGCAACCCAUAAUGAAGACCUAGUAGUAUACAUAUAACUAUAUAAAUGAAUAAUUAAGCUUUUUAUUAUAUAUAUUAUCAUCCUAGCCAUAGCAUAAAUAUAUAUAUAUCCGAAGUUUUGAACCCUAAAGAUGUGUGUUACAUAUAGAAAAAUUAAGUGUGUUUUGUAUAAUUAAGUUCUCUGUGUCUAGGUCUGGAUUAUUUCCAGAGUAUGUAAUUACGCAAAAUAAAUAAAUGUUUGUUUAAUCA